CACCCCACUUCGUCGGGACGGCAGAUUCAAGCUGUUGACCUCUCUGCCCGCCUGUUAUCAAUAGCCCCCUCCACCCGACCAACAGGCAGUUGAUUACACACGAACAUCAUAAACAUUACAUUACAUACAAGCCUACGUAAGUUCUUCUAGGGCUCAAUCGAUUCUUCUGCACCGCACAUCCGCCGGUAAGGAAGAAAAAUCGAUAAGAUUUGGUGUUCGAGUGCCAAAAACGUUCCACGAUUGAAACUCUGUUCCUGUGAUUUAAGUUCCCUUUAGGAUGAUAAGAAGAUGGCUGUUCGUGAUUCUGUGCUCCUGUUUCGCAGCAGCUUCGCCCCUGGAAUCGAUCCACGGGAACCAACAAGAAGUGUGCUGCGGCUGGUACGACUUCUUCCGGGACAUCUACAGGUGCUACGACAAACCGGUUGAUGACUCUCAACCUCCGGUCACCUUCAUCCUGUACGACGUCAAUCCAUCCGAAGGAUUUAACCUGCGGCGGGACGUCUACAUCCGGUUGGCGGUGUUCCUGCGGACACUUCGGAAGCGACCAGGCUACGAAAGGAGCGUGCUCGUCCUGCCACCCUGGUCCGAGCUGUUCCAUUGGCGGUCCAGCUAUCUGAACCAGAUGCAUCUGCCGUGGGGUCACUUCUUCGAUGUGGCCUCGAUGCGAAUGUAUGUCGAGGUCAUCGAGACGUGGCAAUUCUUCGACGAGUACAGAAAGCUGGCCAAACCAGGUGGGGGUCAUAACGUGGUCAUUGAUGAGUUCUACCGCUUGAGCCAUUUCGACGACAUGUUCGAGAAUGGGGUUUUCGUGGAUAAGUUUGAGCAGACCGUGUGCACCAAGGAAACGGAUCAGAAUAAUCUCGGAACGUCCGGUGUCAUGGGCUACCGGAACCUUACCAUCGACGAACGGAUAUGUGUCAAGUUCCAAGGAUCGGCCUCGCUGCUUCAUUCCAUGUUCGAGAAGCUAAAACCAAAGGAGUACCAAAGGCUACGUGUGAUAUUCCUGGCGCGGGCAGAAACGGUUCUGCAUGAUUACUGGGGCAACGUGGAUUACUGGGAGGCCCGGCGAUCCAUGCGAUUCAACCGGGAUCUGGUGAGGAUAGCGAACAAGUUCCGACAGGACUUUUUCAAUUCCACCAACCAGUGGGAUCGGGUUCAGCGUCCGGCCAGCUGGACCGAUGAGGGACCCUACCGGAAGACGAAGGGCGGUGACUACCUGUGUGCCCACAUGCGCCGUGCGGACUUCCUGUACGGAAGAGAAAAGACCACUCCCACACUGCAUUCGGCUGCCAUGCAAAUCAAGCGGAAGCUUCUAGAAUUGGGCCUGCGGAAAGUAUUCAUUGCCUCGGAUUGUUCCAAGUCUGAGUUCCAUGAUCUCAAAAACUACCUGAAACGGUUCAAAGUGGUCCGAUACAGCCCGGAAACCAAAGAAGAAAUGACCCGCCUCAAAGACGGCGGAGUGGCCAUCAUCGACCAAAUCAUUUGUUCUCACGCGCGGUUCUUCAUCGGAACCUACGAAUCCACGUUUACCUACCGAAUCUACGAGGAGCGGGAGAUUCUGGGCUUUCCCAAGGACCUGACCUUCAACACGUUCUGCAAGGAGGAGGAGGUCGGUAACUGCGAGAAGAACGCCAUAUGGCCCAUUCAGUAUGCGUGAUAUUAGGGCCGAUCGGUUCCGAUGAGUUCCGUCAGCAAUCUAACAAUCCUGUAAGAGUGAAAAUCGAAACCUGUACUAAUUUAGUAAAAUGUGAUGCCAUACGUAGGUACUUUAAAGAUUACUAGCAAUUUAACUUUAUAGGUGCAGAACCAGAACACGGAUCAACUACAUGUAUAAGAUAAAAGAAGCCUCAAUAUGCUAUCCUCAUUUUUAAGACUGUAAAUCUAAUAUUGUACAUUUACGUGUAAUACUCAAUAAUUAUUAUUAGAAUACAUUAACAAUUUAAA